AUGCCACCUGGGGCCCUGUGUCUCGUCACUGGACGCUGGCUUGCUGCGAGCACCGCCAGGAGACUGACGAGCUUCCGCUCCUGUCAGCAGCACCAACGGCCGCCGUCUUGGCAACAGACACCACCAUGGCAACAGGGGUGCCUUCAUGGCGAAGCAGGCGCUUUAAGACUCCUCGACGGAAGGGCCUUAUUGCAUUCCGAAGAAGCAGCAGCAGCUGCUGCAGCUACAAUACUGUGCAACAAAAUCGAGGAAUUGAACAAGGCUUAUUUUGGGGGCGAAGAUCCUCUGGCCACCGAUGAGGCGUACGACGCUUUGUGGAUGCAGCUGCAAGUGCUGGAAAAGAAGCAUCCCCAUCUUCGCCUCCCCGACAGCCCUCUGCGAAGAGUCGGAGCAGUCCCCGUAGGAGUAGGCGCACAUGCAGGGGCACCCGCAGCGAACUGUCAGCAUUUGGCACCGGUUCUGUCUCUGGAGAGUGUGCAUGCUCCAGCAGAGGCCUCACGCCUCUUUGACAGGCUUGAUAGGCGGCGUUGUGAGGCAGCGGUGGAAUCUGAGGCCUCAUCAGUGAAAGUAUCGCGUGCUCUUGGGGGGGGUGGAUUGGCUGAACUUUUUGAUGGAGGCACUUUGCCUGCAUCUGCAGCAGCAGGUGUGGGUAGUAGGGCUACGGGGGGUGCAGCAGAGGACGGCGGUGUCUUUGCUGCGCCGCUGCUGCUGGAGCCGAAAGUGGAUGGUCAGAGUCUGUCCCUCACUUACAUGCGAAUGCACAGCAGCAGCGCCACGAAGGCUUGCAAGAAUGCUGUUCGGUAUCGCUUGGUAAGGGCUCUUACGAGGGGUGAUGGCCUUUCGGGAGAAGACGUCACGAACAAAGCGCUUGUUCUGGGAGGCGUGGGGGUGUUUCCCCUUGAAAUUACAGUAGGAGGUGCAAGCACAGCUGUCGAUGCAGGAGGAAGAGCAGGGGAUGGGGGCAGUUUGGCACCAGAGAAGGUAGCAGCAGGAGAAGGGCGCCAAGCAGGAAGCGGCUUUGCGAGUGGCGACGCAACGCGAUAUCCGAGGCAGAUCGAGGUUCGAGGCGAGGCUUUCAUGGGCCUGGAUGCUUUUGCGUCUCUGAACAAAGACAGGAGAGAGCGAAGUCUCAAGGCUUUCUCAUCCCCGAGGCAUGCUGUGGUCGGGCUGCUGCGGCGCGUGGAUAACUCCAGCGACGUGGAAGACAGCAGCAUUCGAUUUUGUGCUUACGGCCUUGUUGCAGAGCCGUCCGCUGAGCUGCCUCUGGACCCUAAUAGCGGAAAGGAUACACACAGCAGUGCGUUUCGCAGUGCAGCUGCGGCAGGCGCUGCUGUUGCUGGCGUGUCUACACAGCAAGAACUGCUGAGGCGGCUGCAGCAGUGGGGUUUUGAGGUGCUCCUGCCGCACAGUCUGCUGGUGGCUAGCCGUCGCGAGGCUUUGGCAGCCUUCGAGGAGCAGAGCCAUGCCCACGCAGCUUACCAGAGUCGGCUGGAGGAGGUUCUUCGUGGUCCGCCUUCUUCCAAUGCUGCUGCUGAUGGUGGUGAGGCGGGCGCUGAGACAGGGGGAGCAGCAGCAGCUGCUCCCCCUAUUCCAGCUGUUGGCUUCCCUCUGCCUUUGGAGAGCGUCCCUUGCGACGGUGUCGUAUUCAAGCUGAACUCUCUCCAGCACCAGUGGCAGCUUUCGAGCACUGCGAGAGCUCCGCGGUGGGCAUUUGCCCUCAAGUUUGCUGCUGUAGCGACGCGAACCCGUGUAGUGGCAGUUGAGUGGACGGUAGGCUCCUCGGGUGUCUGUACACCCGUGGCAGUGCUGCAACCCGUGCUCUUGGGGGGCGUCACCUUGGGCAGGGCUUCGCUGCAUUCCCUGCAGGAAAUGAGGCGAAAGGAUGUGAGACUUGGAGACCUGGUGUAUGUACAGCUCAAGGGAGAGUCGGUUCCACAGAUAUGUAGAGUUGAUUCUCAGGCCAGAAGCAGCGAAUCCAAGCCUGUCUGCGCGCCUACCCAUUGCCCGUCUUGCGAGCGAGUGCUGAUGGAGCGUUCUCCGCCAGCGAUGAAGACACCGGAGGCCUCUGCGCCUCUGCAUCCUUCUAGAAGGAGAACAUCGAAGCAAGGAAAAAAUGCCACAGGCGAAGCUGCAGCAACACCCCCACCAGCAGGCUUCACGACUACCCAAGACGCGGACAGACCUAAAGGGGUCUUGUGGUGCUCGGGAGGGUGGGCAUGCGGAGCACAGCGGCUGCAGCGGCUUCGACGUUUCUUCUCACGUGAUGGAUUGGCUGUGGCUGGUUUGGGGCCUAGAGCGCUGGAGGCUCUUACAGCUAAGGGCUACCUAAAGGUUCCUAGCGACGCGUUUCAUCUGGCGAACACGGAUAAUAAAAAGACAUCCUUGGGAGAGGCUGGCAUGGCGGGCUGGCCUGGCUGGGGUCCCCAGGCAAGAGACGCACUCUUUAAGGAGAUCCAGCAGGUGCAAGAACGAGGAGUGCAGCUGCAGCGGCUCCUGUUCGCUCUAGGCAUUCCGGGGAUGGGGAGACGCGCAGCUUCUGCGCUCGCACGGAAGGCGCAGACUUUCGACGGUUUUUUGAGGCUUCUGGAGGGACUAGCAGCGUCUUCUAAAGCCCCUCAGUCAGUCGUGGCCAGGGAUCCAGGCAUUGAGCCAGAGAGUGAAACGACGCCUCAGAUACAGAUGCAAACUCAGAUUGAGGAGAAGCUCCCUGGAAUAGACUCUGUACUGUUUGAGGAGCUGAAGCUCUUUGGAAGUGACGCCCGUAAUCGCCAGCAGCUGCUGGAGAUAGCAAAGAUGCUGCCUGUACACCCGAUGCCGGCUUCAGGUUGA